AUGAACGUAGCGGAUAUAUGUGAUCUCCUAAUAGAGCCAUCGCAAAGCCGGCGGAAAAAAGAACCUACGAUACUGGACGAGUUCUUCGGAGUUUACUGUUUGAUCAGUAGAAGUCCAAAGGCCUGUUAUAAGGUAGGCAUCUUACUGGAGGUCGACUUUUAUAGAAGUUUUAUAAAAUUUACAAUUUUUUUGGAGUUACUCUCCUCAUCAUCUACGAUGAAUUUUUUGUUUUACCGUGGUAACGUGUUUUUAUGACAGAAAUUAUAAGUUUUCAGAACAGAUGCUACGUUGGUUACACAGUAGAUCCGAACAGAAGAGUACGACAACAUAAUGCUGGAAAAGAGUUUGGGGGAGCCAAAAAGACUGAUAGUAGAGGACCUUGGUAAGUUUUACGCGAUAAAUUCAAUCUGCUUAAGACUUUACUGGGGUAUUCUACAACAAUUAUUACCACAGUAAAUGCAUUUUUGUACUAACGUGUUUGGAACGUAAAAACCCUCUUAUUCUUAUUUUCGCUAGACAUUGUAAUUUCUCGUGCUUAAGGUCGAUCUUUAGGGAUAUGGUAUGUAUCGUCCACGGCUUUCCCAACUCUGUGUCAGCGUUGAGGUUUGAAUGGGCGUGGCAGAACCCUAAAGGCUCCAAACGUCUUCGUGAUUUGGGACUAGAAAAAGCUGGCAGAAAGGAAUCGCCAUUUGACUUUCACUUCAGAAUCGUGUGUAAUAUGUUAAACGUGGAUCCUUGGAAGAGGCUCAGUUUGACAUUUAGGUGGUAUGUUAACGUUAAUUGGCUUUACUGCAAAGUUUUUGUCAUUCAAUUAUGCAUGCUUUAAGCGUUUUUUGUCCUUUAAACCCUAACAAUACGUUUUAAAUUUUCCAACAUUUAAUUUUAGGUUGGUUAUAUCAGAAGAACGCGAGUUUAAGAUAAAGAUGCCAUCACAUAUGAAGGUAGAACACGGCUUGGUGCAAAAGACACACUCCACGAUACCACAACAACUUAAGGAUUAUGAUAAGCCUGGAGGAUGUCUCAUAUGCCAUUUCACUAUUCAUGUAAGUCAUCAUCUUCCAGUUUUGUCAAUAGUAAUAGACUGUGGUUACUAAUAGUCUAAAUGAAAACAAAUAGAAAGCGGUUCUACCUAUUUCUUGGCCAAACGGAUCUUUUAUUUUAUUAAUAAAGAACUAUUAUUGUCCAUAUUUCUAUAAUCAGUGAACUUACGAUUUUUUGCAGUUAAACGACCUGAUGGUAUGCACUCUUGGGGCUUGUGGCGCUUCAUACCACAUUAAAUGUCUAGCCGAAUAUGGCAUCAGAUCUACGAAUGAAUCCGAAAACUUUUUGUUUCCGAUCAUUGUAAAGUGCAAGAAGUGUGAAGCACCACAACGAUGGGGAGACCUGGUCAGAAAGCACAAGUGUUAUAUUGCUAUCGACAAGGCCAAGCCGGUCAUCGACGAUUAUAAGAUUGCCGAGGGGCUUAUACCUAAAUAUAUGCACAAAGUUUGA